AUGAAUUCUUCAUGUUAUAUUACUGCUGAUUCGAAAAUAAUUUUAUCAUUUUUUAUAAUUGGUUUCUUUUUAUCAAUAAUUGGUUGUAUACUUAAUCUUUGUUCAUGUUUACUUUUUAUUCGUACAAAAUCUCUUUUUAAUACACCUUAUGCUAUAUUUAUAAUAGCUUUAUCAUUAGUUGAUAUUAUUAAAAUUAUAGCAGAAUAUUUUAUUCAUUUAUUAUUUAUUUAUAUUCAACAUCCAUAUUUUGUUUGUUCAAUAACAUGGUUUUUAACAAUGACUAGUGAAAAUAUAUCAUAUGCAUUUCUUGGUGCAUUAGGUAUUGAACGUAAUUUAAAAGUAUGGGCAAUAGAUCGUCGUUGGUUAAUAACUCGACAACGUGCUUGUUUAAUAACAUUAUUUAUAGUUUUAUUUAUUAUUAUUUAUAAUCAUCCAUUUCUUUUCUGGCCAUCCGAUGUAUCCUAUUGUUAUUUUCUAUUAUUUAAUCAUAUAACUAUAUAUACAUGUAAUAAUGCAAAUUAUUAUGCAUAUGGUUAUUCAUUUUCAUUAACAAAACUUUUACUUAUUGAAAAUAUGGGUUUAAAUAAUAUAAUUUUACCAUUAAUUAUUAUUUUAACAAAUAUUAUUUUAGUUAUUGGUUUAAAACGUCGAAAUUAUCAACGACGUCAUCAUUUAGGUACAAAUAAAAUAAAUGAUUGGAGAGAACGUAGUAUUCUUAUUUAUAUGUUAUUAUCAAGUAUAACUUUUAUUAUAUUAACAUUACCUGUUGGAAUAUUAUUUGUUUGGGGAAUAAUAUUUGGUAAACAAAUACCAACAAAUAAUUUUGUACUUAUAUGUGAUCUAAUGGAAAUAAUUCAUCAUUGUUCACAUUUUCCAAUUUUAUUAAUGACAAGUUCAAAAAUUCGUCGAAAAGUUUGUGAAUAUCGUUAUAAACAAGGACGAAAUAUAUCAUUUGGAAGUCGAUCACGUUCUCAAACACAAUCAUCAAAUCAUCAUGAUAGAUGUCUAACAAUAUUUCGUUUAUGUUUAAUUGAUUUAUCAAGUGAUCCUUCUUAG